AUGGAAAAUAUGAACAAUAUUGUUCAAUCAUUUCCAUUUAUGGAAGAAUCAGCUGUGAUUAAUCGUAAAUCCCAAAAUCGUAAACACUCUUAUGAAUCAAACAAUGAUAAUCGAAGCCUAUUUCUCAUUGAAUAUUCUUUUCUUAGUGAACUUGAUCUUUGCAAUGUUCAUGAUGACUAUAUAGAAAAAUUUGUCUUUAAUACUAAAACAUAUUUCCAAAAUAAUGUUCUUCUUCGUAUUAAAUAUGAAUCUUUACAACAAGUAACACACAAUUUCACAAGAGAUACUACACGAAUUAAUUCUGUCAAAAUAAAUGAAUUAGAAUUAAAUGGUGAACCAAUAUGUUUCAAUUCUUUACAACAAUAUUUUCCUUAUGCAAGAAUAAGUUAUCCGCUAAUAUUUUAA